AUGGAGCAUCCGGACUUUGCAGACUUGGGAGCAGCCCCCCCUCUGCCCUCUUGUCAGUAUGACAUGGUUGGUCCAGAAGGUAUCGUUGAGUCUCAUCAGAUCAUCAGAGAUGGGAAGAUUGGCGCCGCUGAGGCCAUCGACUGUAAAUGGUACAUCCACGCUCCACCGCGCUCCAAGAUCUACCUGCGUUUUCUUGAUUACGAGAUGGCGAAUUCCAAUGAAUGCAAGCGCAACUUUGUGGCGGUAUACGACGGUGGCAGUUCAGUGGAAGACCUGAAGAGCAAGUUCUGCUCCACUGUGGCCAAUGACCUCAUGUUGGUUUCGACACUGGGUGUCAUCCGUAUGUGGGCAGAUGAGCACAGCCGCAAAAGUCGCUUCCGCAUCCUUUUCACAACCUACCAAGAGCCUCCGUGUGAGGCAGAUGCCUUCUUCUGUCACAGUAACAUGUGCAUAAACAACACACUGGUGUGUAAUGGAAUGCAGAACUGCGUCUACCCAUGGGAUGAGAACCAGUGUAAAGAAAAAAGAAAAGCCAACAUCCUGGACAACCUGAACAACACAAACGGGACCAUAAUCGGUGUCACCUGCUGCAUCGUCUUUGUUCUCCUCAUCGUUUCUGUCAUUGUCCAGAUCAAGCAGCCACGUAAGAAGUACAUCCUGCGGCGUGAGGACUUUGACCCCACCAUGUUCCAAGAAGUCUUUGAGCCUCCACACUAUGAGCUGUGUACCUUACGGAGCGCCACCACUGCUGCAGCAGCCUCGGCUGACCUCGUCAACCUCGCAGAAGACUUUGAGAGCUACCACACCCUGCGCCGUGCCUCCUCACGCUGCGUUCAUGAUCACCACUGUGGCUCCUCCUCCAACCCCUGCUCAUCCCACAUUUCCCAAAUGUCACUCAGUGGACGGGGAAGCCGUGGGAACUUGAAUGCUCGUGACGCAGCGGCCGCCACCCUACUCACGGACCUUUCCCCUCAGCCGCCCAUGGCAGUUCGGCCCUUGCUGCCAACCACAGGAAACCGCCGCAGCAUUUUGGUAAUGAAGCACAGCUACUCACAGGAGGCAGCAGACAAUGGAUGCGACCUGGAAGACGACCUGGAAGAUGUUCCGACCACCAGCCACCGGCUCUCACGCCAUGAAAAGGCAGUACAGCGGUUCUGCCUCAUUGGCUCAUUGAGCAAACAUGAAUCAGAGUACAACACAACUAGGGUCUAAGAGACAAUCUCAAGACUUCUUGAGAAUAAUGCUAUCCUGGAUCAGUAUGAACAAGCAUCACUGAAAUAUGAAAAAGUGGAGCGGAGAUUUACACCAGCAUGAUGCUGAUGCUGAUGAAGGGACACUGUGACGAAUGAAUACUGAUAACAUGUCCGUGUGCAAAGAAAAAAACUGACAGACUAAAACAUAGCUGCAGUGCUGUGAAACUGGAAAUGAGCUGGAUGAUGACUUAGAUACAUAUUGUAUCAGGCCAGAUUUUUUUUUUCUUUCUUUACUUUUUUGUUUGGAUUUGCUUUGUUUUGGGGUCUCACAAUAAUUAUAUGGACCUUUUAGAUGAUUAUUAAAAGUUGGGAUGUUAGAAACAUAUCUGUCAUUGUCAUACAGUCAAAAAUAACAAAAUAAUGUGCUAAAACACAUUCAGUUUCAUUUCCCAGCAUGUGGAUUUUAGAUUAGUUUAAUAGCAAAUUAACAAUGCUUGCCAUCUAAAUUUAGUGAGAUAUUUUUAUUUUAUUAGUUGUAAUUGGAACUGAACCCAA